AUGAAAUUCUCCUUAACCUUAUCCGUCUUAGCUAUUGCAUCCAUUGCUAAUGGUGCUGCCAUUAAACGUUUCCAAGUUGAUGAUGUAGUUAAUGAAGGUGAUCCAUUUGCAGUUGGUCCAGUUAAAGCAACUACCACCACCCCACGUACUACUGCUCACACCACUGCUAGUGAAUUCUCAUUCCCAUCCAUUCCAGCUCAAUUUAAAGAAAAUCCAUUCUGGGGUUGGUGGUUCUUAUACCAAUGUUAUCCAGAAGAUAAAAAACCACCUUUCCCAUUCCCAACCCCAAGUCAUAAAUCAGAACCAUCUCAUCAUUUCACCAAAUUUGAAAACCAUACUUUACAUCAUUUCCCAACUCCAACUUUCUCAUUCCCAGAAUUCCCAUUCCCAACUGGUUUCCCAGCUUUCCCAUCAAACUUCACUUUCCCAACCUUCCCAACUGAUUUUUCCUUCCCACCAUUCCCAACUGAAUUCUCCUUCCCAUCAGCCCCAACUGAAUUUUCUUUCCCACCAUUCCCAACUGAUUUCUCAUUCCCAGCCAUCCCAACUGAUUUCUCAUUCCCAGCUAUUCCAACUGAAUUUUCUUUCCCACCAAUUCCAAGUUUUAGUUUCCCAACUAUUCCAACCACUCACAUUGAAUUCCCAACUUUCCCAACUCCAACCAUAAAAGCUCCAGAAUUCCCAACCUUACCAACUGUUGUCAAAGAUCCAUUCACUGCUGAAGAACCCAAACUUCCAACUUUACCAACUGCCAAGGUUGCUGAACCAAAAGAAGGUUUCUUUUAA